UAGAAAAACUUCAGGACCAGAAACCAGAGUGUCACUUGGAGUGGCCUAAUAGCUAGCUUAGUAUAGAAGAAUCAAUGGCUACUGUAACUCUAUUUCUCUGCUGUCUGCUGGGAAGUGUUUCUCUUGUGUAUGGACAGGAUUCGGUGAUUUGCCCCAACGUCCAACUACCGCCCAAUGGAGUGGUGACCUACAGCGACCUCACCAUUCCCAGAGCUGUGGGUUCCACGGUUACCUACAGCUGUGUCUCUGGGUAUGAAUUCAGUGGAGGUGUACCAAGGACCUGUACUGUCACUGGGUGGAGUAAUGGUGGUAGUCCAACUUGUACAGUAGUUAGCUGUGGAUCAUUGGAUGAUCCUACCAAUGGAAGAGUCAUGACAACAGGGACCACCCUCUCAAACAUUGCUACCUACACCUGUAACACUGGCUACACACGUAGUGUAGAUCAGACCAGGGUUUGUCAAGCUAAUGGAGACUGGAGUGGGUCAGAACCUGUGUGUAAUCUGAUUUGCCCCAACCUUGGCGUACCAACCAAUGGAGGAGUGACCUACAGUGACACCACCAUCCCCAGAGAUGAGGGCUCCACGGCUACCUACACCUGUACCACUCACUACCAGGUGACUGGACUGAUGAUGAGGAUGUGUACUGUCAGUGGAUGGAGCAUUGGAGAUGACCCUGUCUGUACUGUCCUCUGUGAUGACCUCACUGUACCAACCAAUGGAGUGAUGAUCAGCUACAGCUCUAGUACCUCACCACACCCUCAGGGAACCAUGGCUACACAGAGCUGUGUCACUGGGUACACCGUGUUAGCUGGUGGAGGCACUAGGACCUGUCAGUCUGAUAGAUCAUGGAGUGGAACACACCUCACUUGUACACUGAUUUGCCCCAACGUUGGCGUACCAACCAAUGGAGUGGUGACCUACAGCGACCCCACCAUUCCCAGACCUAUUGAUUCCACGGUUAUCUACAGCUGUGUCGUUGGGUAUGAAUUCAGUGGAGGUGUACCAAGGACCUGUACUGCCAGUGGGUGGGGUGAUGGUGGUAGUCCAACUUGUACAGUAGUUAGCUGUGGAUCAUUGGAUGAUCCUAUCAAUGGAAGAGUCACUACAACAGGGACCACCCUCUCAAACACUGCUACCUACACCUGUAACCCUGGCUACACACUAAGUGUAGAUCAGACCAGGGUUUGUCAGGCUAAUGGAGACUGGAGUGGGUCAGAACCUUCCUGUAAUCCUGUUGACUGUGGUUCCCUCACUGACCCCAUCAAUGGACAUAACCUCUGGAACCACCUUCAUGAUGACUGCUACCUACACCUGUAACACUGGAUACACUCUGGUUGGAACUGUGACCAGGACUUGUCAGGCUAAUACAAUAUGGAGCCUCUCUGCACCCACCUGUACUGUGAUUUGCAUCAACCUUGGCGUACCAACCGAUGGAGGAGUGACCUACAGUCAUCCCACCAUCCCCAGAGCUAUGGACUCCACUGCCACCUACUUCUGUGUGACUGGGUAUCACUUCAGUGGGACACUAUCAAGGACUUGUGC